AUAAGUCAAGGUGUGUAUUUGUCCACAUGGUUUUCAUGUAUAAUAAAUAGUAAAAUUCUGGUUUUUCUUACAAUAUCAGUAUUUUAUUAACAGAAGAUGCGUUCCGUUACGCUCCUGGAUGUCGAACAAGACAAGGUCGUGAAGACCGUUGCUGCCCAUUUGAAGAAGACUGGUAAAGUCAAGGUACCAGAGCAUAUGGACCUUGUGAAGACUGCUCGAUUCAAAGAGCUGGCUCCAUAUGAUCCUGACUGGUUUUAUGUGCGUUGCGCAGCCGUUCUUCGUCACAUCUACAUCCGUUCUCCAGUAGGAGUCAAGACUGUGACUAAGAUUUUUGGUGGUCGUAAACGUAAUGGCGUAACCCCCUCACAUUUUUGCAGAUCAUCUGGAAGCAUCGCCCGUAAAGCUUUGCAAGCAUUGGAAUCAUUGAAGCUGGUUGAGAAAGUUCCAGAUGGUGGCCGCAUUCUCACUGUACAAGGCAGACGUGAUCUGGACAGAAUCGCCGCUCAAGUCCGUCUAAAGGCUAAACAGCAGGCAAAACAAGCAGUUAUUGCUCUGUAAUUAACAAAUAUAAAUAAGUUAUAAA